UAGCAGUUCUUAUCUCUCCUUUUAUAUCUUCUAUAAUUAUAACACUAGCUUGAGUUUGAAAAAAUACGAUAGUGAGAGAGGUAAAGAUGAAUAAAACUUAAAAUGGAAAGGGGAGAAAGAGAAAAUUUGGAACUUUGAAGACAAAGAUGUCCCUUCAAGACAGGUUGAACAUCAAAAAAUAUAUUCUUACCAAUUGCUCCUUCUUUUCCAUAACUUCUGGUAAAGGUCACUAACUGACAGCAACUUUCAUUUGCAUUAUGGGGAUUUUUUUUCGUUUUGAGGCCAUUGUUUGGUCGCCAUCUUGAUAGGAAUGGUAUUCAAAGUACGCAUGCGCAUUGUUUUCAAAACAAAUAUGGUAGAUGUUUCCAAGCGAUUGCAGAAUUUUAAACAAGUUUCUCUACCAAUGAAUCCAAGAUGAUGUGCUGUCCAGUAGCUACUUUUGGGGAAAGUCCAUCUCCAAGAUCUUUUCAUGCAAGUGUAGUUAUUGGUGAUUUGUUGUAUGUUCAUGGAGGUGUGGACAAAUCUAACAGGGUUCUGGCGAGCAUACAUUACUUCGAUGUAACCACAAAAACCUGGAGUGUUGUCGAGACGGUACCUUCUUCUCACAAAUGCAAGGUAUCCGGCGUGUUACCAGAUUUGGAUGUUUGUGAAGCCCCAAGUUUAAGCCACCAUUGUGCAUUAAACUACAAGGAUAGGUUUAUUAUGUUGAUUGGCGGUUGGAAUGGGAAAAGAAGGACGUCUGAUGUAUUUUUGUUUGAUGUUUGUGAAAGACGCUGGAAUCAAAUGAGAAUAAUUGGUGAUAUACCCGUUGGCUUGAGCUCUCAUACAGCCUCUAUGGUAACUGAAGAUGAGAUCUUGAUAGUUGGUCGCGAGGGAGGUGUUCAUACACAUAGACGAAGUGGUGAUGCAUUCUCAUUGAAUCCGAAGACUGGAGAGUACAAAACGGCAAUGUAUUCUAUAGAUUCUCGAUCAGGACAUAUAAGUUGCAUGGUAUCCUCCAGUGAUAAGAAGAAAUACAGGAUAUUGAUAUACAGUGGUCGGAAAACCGGCAACCAAUACAGUUUCAUUGGAUCCUGGAAUACAGUUUAUGAUAAAAAGAAUAAUGUUCACCAGGACAUUUCCAAUAGAAUAACUGCUUUAGUACAGAAGUCCAAGCGUAUAGAAAUACCGAAAGGAAGACAAAAUAGCAUGCAUUUCUGUAUAGACUAUAAAAUGGUCGUCAUAUACGGAGGGCAGUUAUGGCAGGCAAGAGAUUCUGUUUCUUCUGACGUUAUUGUAUUCAAUACAGAAAACAAUUCAUGGUAUGUAAUAGAAUUAGAUUGCUCUCUUCCUAAACUAACUGGUUUCACUUUGAAUGUUGGUAGCGAUGGCCAAUGUUAUAUUUUUGGUGGCAAUGAUGGUCGAAGCAGCAACAGCAGCCUUUGGAAUCUGCAAGCUCGUGGAUAGAAUAUACCUUGUACCUUGUAUACCAUUACGAGCUGAUGAUUUUCAAGAAAAAAGCAAUUUUUAGAGCUGGAUUUCAGUUUUUAAAAUUCCUUUUUAAAGACGCGUGAUUUAAUUGCUCCAGAGCACAAAACCCCCCCUCCCCCACAGAACUUUUUUGCACGACCAAAUGUUAUGAAGUCUAUCUUUUGACGAGCCACUGUAUUCUGCGCCUCCCUCUACCCCUCCGUAUUUUUUAAACAGUGCUUAACAGACAUCCAAAAUGAUUAUAUAAAAGUUGAAUUGUUUAUUAAAAAAGAUAAUGGAUUGCUAUUUCGAGAAAACAUAGUUUUGAGUAGUGACUCGUAUUAAUUUUAAUGGAGUUCACGUGGAGGUUUAAGCCUGUUUUUU